GCCGAGCGAGGACGGAGCCAGUGCGGGUGAGGCGGGACCGGCCCCGCGGAGGCACCAUGUCGGUGUCGGCGAGGACGGCCAUCUGCGUGCUGCGCUGCGACCUGCGCGCCCACGAUAACCAGGUGCUCCACUGGGCUCAGAGUAACGCCGAUUUCGUUGUUCCUCUGUACUGCUUCGACCCGCGGCACUACCUGCGCACCCACUGCUACGGCUUCCUGAAGACAGGGCCCCACCGGCUCAGGUUCUUGCUGGAAAGCUUGAAGGAUUUAAGGGAAACACUCAAGAGAAAAGGAAGUACCCUUGUUGUGCGGAAGGGGAAGCCGGAAGAUGUGGUUCGUGAUCUGAUUACUCAGCUGGGCUCUGUCAGUGCUGUGGUUUUCCAUGAAGAGGCCACACAGGAGGAGCUGGAUGUGGAGAAGGAGCUGCGCCAGGUGUGUAGUCAGCAUGGGGUGAAGAUUCACACAUUCUGGGCAUCCACACUGUAUCAUCGGGAUGACCUUCCCUUCAAACCUAUUGCCAGGUUGCCCGAUGUCUACACCCGUUUCCGGAAAGCCGUGGAAUGUGAGGCGAAGGUCCGGCCAACCCUGCGGGUGGCGGAUCAGCUACAGCCUCUGGCUCCAGGGGUGGAAGAAGGGUGUAUCCCUACAGUGGAGGAUUUGGGGCAGAAGGAUCCUGAGACUGAUCCACGAACAGCCUUCCCUGGCAGUGGAGGAGAGACCCAGGCUUUAAUGAGACUGCAGUAUUGUUUUUGGGACACGAACCUGGUUGCAUCGUACAAGGAGAUUCGGAAUGGACUGGUGGGAAUGGACUACUCAACCAAAUUUGCACCAUGGGUCCUCUUCGAACUGCUGUGGCGGGAUUACUUCCGAUUUGUGGCCCUGAAGUAUGGCAGAAGAAUUUUCUCAUUAAGAGGGCUUCAAAGUAAAGAGGUUGCCUGGAAAAAGGACCUGCAGCUUUUCGACUGUUGGAAAGAGGGCAAAACAGGGGUUCCUUUUGUGGAUGCCAACAUGCGAGAGCUGGCUGCAACAGGCUUCAUGUCUAACAGAGGGCGGCAGAAUGUCGCCAGCUUUCUCACCAAGGACCUGGGUCUGGACUGGAGGAUGGGAGCAGAAUGGUUCGAAUACCUACUGGUGGAUUAUGAUGUUUGUAGCAAUUACGGCAACUGGUUGUACAGCGCUGGUGUUGGCAACGACCCUCGGGACAACAGGAAGUUUAACAUGGUUAAGCAGGGCCUGGAUUACGAUGGCAAUGGGGAUUAUGUGCAGCUGUGGGUCCCAGAACUACAGGGCAUAAAGGGAGCAGAUAUCCACACCCCUUGGGCACUGAGCAGCGCUGCUCUCUCGCAGGCGGGAGUAACUCUAGGUGAGACAUACCCAGAGCCAGUUGUGACAGCCCCGGAGUGGAGCCGAUACAUCAACCAGAGGCCCGGAAGAAGUGCCCAUCCCAGGGGCAGGAGAGGACCUGCACGCCCCCAGUGCAGCACAAGGACAGAGGGAUAGAGUUUUACUUUUCUCGCAGGAAAGAUGCAUGGUGAAGGCUGUCCAGCCAUGAGCCUGCUGGGGAAGUGCGCACGGGGAGGUUUCACUGCUGAAGAUGCCAGGGGAGCGGUUAAUCUUGAUCCAAGCCAAUGAUAAAAGUCUGGCUGCAGCAGAGUAACUCAGGAUCUGCCUGUUCGGUGUUCCCAGGGAGACAAGCUGGAUGUGGGUGUGUGGAGAUUGGGUAUUAGCAGUGGUUGUGGUGAUUGGGUCUUGUGUUUUCACUUUGGUGCUGAGGCUGUGAGCUCCUGGGCAGUUCACCUACUGCUCCCCAGGAGUGGCUGCCCUCCAGUGCUGAGGCUCUGACUGCCAUGGGCAGUGUGUUGCUCUCACCUUUGGUUGAAAGGGGCUGUCUAACUGAUAUUAAUGAACCAAAAUGGUGUGGCCUUUCUAUUUGGAGGAAGUGUGGCUGCUUUUCCAGGGCCUCUUGCUACUGGUGCUUAUGGCUGUUGCAGCUAAAUUUCUGUCUAUCUCCCUCUAGAAACUGGAGCAGAUGAUGGUUUAUGUGGCAGGUGUUCAGCCAGAACGCUCUCUAGUGAACUUUCUUACGCUGAUUUUCACGGUUUAAAGCUUUACAACCACCAAUCAUGCAAUUAAAAGUUUUGCUACUGGAA